AUGAGCUCCUUCAGCUACGAGCCGUAUUACUCGGCCUCCUACAAGCGGCGCUACGUGGAGGCGCCGCGGGUGCACCUGUCCGGCGUGCGCAGCGGCUACAGCUCGGCGCGCUCCGCGUACUCCAGCUACUCGGCGCCCGCGUCCUCGCUGUCCGUGCGCCGCAGCUACUCAUCCAGCUCGGGCUCCCUGCUGCACAGCCUGGAGAGCCUCGACCUGAGCCAGGUGGCCGCCAUCAGCAACGACCUCAAGUCCAUCCGCACGCAGGAGAAGGCGCAGCUGCAGGACCUCAACGACCGCUUCGCCAGCUUCAUCGAGCGCGUGCACGAGCUGGAGCAGCAGAACAAGGUGCUGGAGGCCGAGCUGCUGGUGCUGCGGCAGAAGCACUCGGAGCCGUCGCGCUUCCGGGCGCUGUACGAGCAGGAGAUCCGCGACCUGCGCCUGGCGGCCGAGGACGCCACGAACGAGAAGCAGGCGCUGCAGGGCGAGCGCGAGGGGCUGGAGGAGACGCUGCGCGGCCUGCAGGCGCGCUACGAGGAGGAGGUGCUGAGCCGCGAGGACGCCGAGGGCCGGCUGAUGGAGGCGCGCAAGGGGGCGGACGAGGCGGCGCUGGCCCGCGCCGAGCUGGAGAAGCGCAUCGACAGCCUGAUGGACGAGAUCGCCUUCCUGAAGAAGGUGCACGACGAGGAGAUCGCCGAGCUGCAGGCGCAGAUCCAGUACGCGCAGAUCUCCGUGGAGAUGGACGUGUCCUCCAAGCCCGACCUCUCGGCCGCGCUCAAGGACAUCCGCGCGCAGUAUGAGAAGCUGGCCGCCAGGAACAUGCAGAACGCCGAGGAGUGGUUCAAGAGCCGCUUCACCGUGCUCACCGAGAGCGCCGCCAAGAACACCGACGCCGUGCGCGCCGCCAAGGACGAGGUGUCCGAGAGCCGCCGCCUGCUCAAGGCCAAGACCCUGGAGAUCGAAGCGUGCCGGGGCAUGAACGAGGCGCUGGAGAAGCAGCUGCAGGAGCUGGAGGAUAAGCAGAAUGCCGACAUCAGUGCCAUGCAGGACACAAUCAACAAACUAGAAAAUGAGCUGAGAACUACAAAGAGUGAGAUGGCACGCUACUUAAAAGAAUACCAGGACCUCCUCAACGUGAAGAUGGCUUUGGACAUCGAGAUUGCCGCUUACAGGAAACUCUUGGAAGGUGAGGAGACCCGGCUCAGUUUCACCAGCGUGGGAAGCAUAGCCAGCGGCUACUCCCAGAGUUCCCAGGUCUUCGGCCGGUCCGCCUAUGGUGGUUUACAGACCAGCUCCUACUUGAUGUCCGCUCGCUCCUUCCCUUCUUACUACACCAGCCAUGUCCAGGAGGAGCAGAUCGAGGUGGAGGAGACCAUCGAGGCUGCAAAAGCUGAGGAAGCUAAGGAUGAACCCCCCUCUGAAGGAGAAGCUGAAGAGGAGGAGAAGGAGAAGGAAGAGGCUGAGGAAGAGGAAGGAGAGGAAGAGGAAGAAGGUGCCAAGGAAGAAUUUGAGGACGCAAAGGAGGAAGAAGGAGGUGAAGGUGAAGGUGAAGGAGAAGGUGCCCAAGAAGCCGAGGACGAGAAGAAAGAUGAAGGUGCUGGGGAGGAGCAAGCAACCAAGAAGAAAGAUUGA